AUGUCGAACCUUCCCUCCUAUCCACGUAAUCCAACGCCUGAGGACUGGCAGACCAUCUGCGCUCUUGUACAAGAUCUCGGGCCUCAGGCUGUAAUGAGCCUAGUCUAUCAAGCUACCAGUGAUCCUCAAUUCAUUAGCAAUAGUGGUCGAACAACCCCUUCAGUUCCAAGCCUCUGCACAUCGUCAUCAUCAGAUCCUCGAGCUUCGGUGUGCACGUUUGACUCUGUCCGUUCCUCACUAUCCUACGGCACAGCAUCAAGUAACUGGUCUGUCCAAUCCGGCACGACUCAAGCACCGAGGUCCGUAGCUCGGGCUUGUGCGUAUAACAGAGUCGCCGCAAGCCCUGUAACUCAGCGAGGCUCGCCUGCCCCAACCGAGCUAUCGCAAGUCAACCCCAGGUCGGCGACGAGUAAGACGCCUUCCGAAGCGGGCCACGAAAGUCUAAAUAAGUUGUUCUUUUGCACGCAUCGAGAAUGUGACACCGGAUUCGGGAAGAAAUCCGACUGGAAAAAGCACGAGAACAAGUUUCAUAACCCCUCAUCCAUCGUUCACUGCCCCCAUGAUGACUGUUUCGUCGCGUUCAAAGACCUAGAUGAGUUCCGUCUUCACGACAGCAGCCAUCACCCGGGACGACCUUGCUAUUUACCGCAACCUUUGGUUCUGAACCUGGAGAAGAAGCGGUAUUGGGGAUGCGGGUUUUGCAAGAAAUUGCUGGCGUCCGAGAAGGCUCGAUUCAACCAUAUCGGAGACGAGCAUUAUACCGAGUCGAGGCUGAAGAAGCACCAAUGGGAUUACUCCCUUGAGAUCCGGAACCUGCUCGCGCAGGAUCUGGUGGCGCCUCAGUGGAGGAAGCUCCUGGAACUGUAUCAUGGACCGAAGGAGCAUAAGAACUGGCCCAAGUUGAGGUGGGACCCGAAGCGGACCGCCCCGUUCAAGGAGAGACUCGAGACCUCAUCCUUUGCUCCCGACAUUGGAACGUUCCUCCGCCAACUAUACGAGUUCGCCGAGCCGCUGCCAAUGUCUACGGACAAGUUCAUCCCCGACGCCGAUGCGGGCGUCAUGACCCCCGCGUCGUUUGCCAACUCGGAGUCCAGCUUCUACUUCGACGAACCGAUGCUGCACUCCCCUCGAGGCCUCAAUUCCACUCAACCACCCACUCCUUCAGAGCAUGCCGACCAUCCCUUGUUCCCGCAGCCCGUCUUGCUAUCCCACCCCAUGAUGUCCGACCCUUCCUCCCCGGUCCUUUCCCAGGUCCACGAAGCCCCCGAGGAGCUCGACUCGCCACACAUGUACAACCCCUCCCGAGAUCCCUUCCCCCUCCAGGCCCACCCCUUUAAUCAAUCCCUCGCCAUGUCCCUCAGCGCACCCCCGGCCGGCUCCCACCCCGGCUUCUCCGCCAAAUCCCUCGAACCCCACCUCCACCACAGCAUGCGCCACGGUUUCCACCCUACCUCCGCCUCUUCCCCCACCAGCAUGAGCGUCCAGACCACCCCCCAACCCCAGCACCCCACCCUCUCCAAGCUGCGCCGCAUCUCCUCGCUGUCCCUCCGCCGCAGCCACAGCCACGGCAGUGCGCAUCAUCCGCAGCCGCCCGCCCAGGCCCUGCAGCAUAUGCAGCAGAUGAUGACGCCGACGAGCGCGAUGCAGCCGCGCGUGUUCGGCGGUUUCGACACCCCGAUGGAGGGGACACAGCCGCUGUCACAAGCGCAGACGGCAAGUCAUCGGACGUCGCUGAUGUCACUCGACGAGGUGCCGCUGACCGGCGCAUGA